AUGCCGAGCCUUGCCGUUCAGAACUACUACGUUGGGUGGAUAUGCGCACAGAACAUCGAAUUAACCGCCGCCAUAGCCAUGCUGGACGAAGAACACGAGAUGAUAGCAGGACAAGACACGCAAGAUCAUAACAGUUAUGUGUUGGGCCGUAUGCACCAGCAUAAUGUGGUGAUUGCCUGUAUGCCCGAGGGAGUGGAUGGGUUAGUUCCUGCGGCCAACGUUGCAAAGGACAUGGCGAGGACGUUCCCCGCGCUCCGGAUCGGGCUGACGGUUGGCGUUGGUGGCGGCGUUCCAGCCUUGGCCAAAGGAAUCGACAUUCGCUUGGGGGAUGUUGUGGUGAGCAAACCCGAGAAAACUUGGGGAGGGGUAGUGCAAUAUGACAAGGGCAAAGCGGAGGCGGGAGGGAAGUUUGUGGUCAAAGGGAAGCUCAAUCAGCCCCCUGCUCUCCUAUUGCACACUCUGACCCAACUCCGGGCACGACAUACUAUGCGUCCGAGCAAGGUGCCAAAUUACAUUAAGGAAGCGAUCAGACGAAACCCUAUGAUGGAGGAAUACGGCUUCACUCUUCCAACCGAGCCCGAUUGCUUAUACUGCAGUAUCUGCGACAAAGAUAUUGAAAACCCAGCGGCUAACUGCAAAGGGUUCCAUGCUAAGCGAAAACAACGGAAGAAUAACAACCCGAUGGUUCACUACGGAGUGAUCGCGUCAGCGAACCAGGUGGUGAAGGAUGCGGCAGUACGAGACCGAUUGCGAGAUGAAUAUGAUGCCUUGUGUGUGGAAAUGGAGGCCGCCGGACUGAUGAAUGAGUUUCCGUGUCUUGUAAUCCGCGGCAUCUGUAAUUACGCCGAUAUGCACAAGAACGAUGCGUGGCACGCGUAUGCUGCGAUAACUGCGGCUGCAUAUGCCAAAGAAUUCCUUCAAUACAUCUCACCGGCGCAGACGAAGCUGACAAAGCCCAUUCAAGACAUCGUGGGUAAGUAG